AUGCUUUACGAUCCAGGGGCAGCUUACAGCAUUAUUGGAGAAAAACUGUGGAAAUCGGUGGGAUCACCAACACUUUACCCCUGUGAAAAUCUUACUGCCUACACGGGGGUACAAAUUGAAACACUAGGCGAAACAUUGGUUAGUUUUCUUGCAUUUGGUAGUUCAAAAAAAUUAAAGCUUAUAGUAGUCAAGAAAAAUGAUGUUCCUCUACUUGGGUUGGACUGGGUACUUAAGUUCAAUCUUCCUUUACCACCAGGUGCUGAAGUAUGUACAGUUACUCGGCAACCGAACAAUACCACUUGUGUGAAUAGUAUAGAUUUGGUAAGACAAAUUGUUACUGACUUUCCAGAAGUGUUUCAUCCUUCUCAAGGCACAAUCAAAAACAGUAACGUAGUAUUCCACUUGACCCAAGACGCAGUUCCAGUUAUUUCAAAACCACGUCCUGUGCCCUUUUCCUUACGCAAAGCUGUGGAAGACGAACUGCAGCGGUUAGUUGAAAACCAAGUCUUGACGCCAGUGAAUACGAGUGAGGAGCCUGUUACAUGGUCUUCACCUAUAGUUGUUGUAAAACCUUCUGGAGCAAUACGCAUAUGUGCUGACUUUAAAAACACGAUCAACAAGUAUAUGAUUUCAGACAACUAUCCUAUGCCCAGAUUUGAAGAAAUUACAGCGAAACUUACUGGAGGACAAGAGUUCACAGUCAUCGAUCUCAAGGAUGCUUACUUACAGAUGGAAGUUGACACUUGCGUACAAAAAUAUUUAACUAUUUCCACACACAAAGGGUUUUUCAGAUAUUCCCGUCUUCCUUUUUCGAUUAAAAUCGCUUCAGGGGCAUUUCAGUGUAAAAUGGAUCAAGUACUGGCGGCCUUGGAAGGAGUUGCAUGUCUUCUCGACAAUGUAAUAAUCACAGCUCCCACACGAGAGGAACAUAUACGUCGAGUUAGAGAGGUGCUAAAACGUUUUACAGAUAUGGGCAUCCACUCACAAAUGUCAAAAUGCAGAUGGUUACAGGAUUCAGUCAAAUACUUGGGUCUCAUGAUUGACAAAACUGGCAUACAUCCCACAAAUGAGCACUUAGAAGCGAUGAAAAACAUGCCAUCCCCUAAAAAUGUCAAAGAAUUGAGAUUGUUUCUGGGGUCAAUCAACUACUAUGGUAAAUUUGUUCCACAUUUGCAGUCAUUGUGUGUUCCCUUACAUGGUCUACUAAAGAAAGGAGAGAAAUGGCAAUGGACAGAUAAACACGAGAAAAUAGCAACAAAACUGAAACACUUGUUAACUACAGCAGACACUUUAGCUCACUAUGACGAAUCGUUACCGCUGAUACUAGCCACCGACGCAAGCGAGGUUGGUCUGGGUGCUGCUCUCUUCCACAGAUAUUCGGACGGGACUGAGAGGCCGGUGAUGUUCGCUUCAAGACGACUCGACUCUGCUGAAACCCGUUAUAGUGUGAUAGAAAAAGAAGCUCUUGGAUUAGUUUUUGGAGUAACACGUUUUGAGCAGUAUCUCUAUGGCAUACAUUUUGAAAUACGGUCAGACCAUAAAGCCUUAAUCAAGCUUUUUGGAGAACAUGAUCCGAUCCCUAAGGUUGUUUCAAACCGAAUCGCAAGGUGGGCUCUAACAUUGAGUUCCUACGACUAUUCCAUAACCUACCAAAAAGGAAAGGAAAACACAACUGCAGACUUGCUCUCAAGAUUUCCUCUUGAAUCAAAAACAAAAUCAAACAAAGAACGCCUAGGAGAUUGCAACGGAUCUCAUCUAUUUCAUCUCAGGUCUCAGGAUUUACCAUUGACCUCAAAGAGCUUGCAAGAAGCAACGAAACAAGACGCAAUACUCGCUAAAGUAAUAAACUACCUUAGAAGUGGAUGGCCAGAUCAUGUUACCAACAACAAAGAAGUUUUACCUUAUUACAACAAGCGUGAAGAACUUUCUUUUGAAAACGGAAUAUUACUCUGGUUCGGUCGCAUAGUAAUACCUUCAAAACUGAGACCAAGAGUAAUGGAAGUACUCCAUGAGGGACAUCCAGGAAUAGUCGCCAUGAAAGGUAAAGCGAGAUUUCAAGUGUGGUGGCCCGGUCUAGAUAAAGAUCUGGAAGAACAUACAAAACAUUGUGUUGGUUGUCAAGAGAACAGGCCUAAAGACAUGGAGAUGCCUCUCUUCUCGUGGACCGUCCCAACAGAAGUCUGGUCAAGAAUCUACAUAGACUUUGCGGGACCAUUCUUAGGUAAAAUGUGGUUGAUUGUUGUAGACGCACGAUCAAAAUGGCUAGAAGUGAUACCCAUGUCGACAACAACUUCAAAAGCCACUAUCAAUGCCUUAGAAGAAUUGUUCUCAAGAUUAGGCUAUCCCAAAACUAUCGUCAGUGACAACGGUCCUCAGUUGACAUCUCAUGAGUUCCAGACGUUCUGCAAAAACCUUAAUAUCAAGCACGCACGUAUAACACCAUAUCACCCAAAAAGCAAUGGGUUAGCAGAACGGUGUGUUCGAACAUUUAAAGAAUGUAUGAGUGCAUCACAGAACAAUGUGGUAACCGUCCAAGAAAAGCUCAAAAGUUUCUUGUUCGCAUACAGAACAUCUCCAAAAAGGUCAACCGGAAAAUCACCGGCUUUCAUGAUGUUUGGACGUGAACUACGAACAAAACUAGACCUACUGAUCCUUGACGCAGAUACUAAAUUAGAUAAAGAAUUAGUUAGACAACGAUUGGACAAACACGAAUCAAAAUUAAAAGUAUUUCAAGAGAAUGACCACGUCUGGGUGUUAAAUACGUCCGGAUCUGGAUUCAAGCGAGGCAAGAUAGUAAAAGUAAAUGGACCCUAUUCAUAUCUUGUAAACGUCCAUGGUGUGAACCGGAGAUGUCAUGCAGAUCAUUUGCGAACGGCAGUCAGCUCUUAG